AUUUCUUCUCAUCACCAAAUCUCUCUUUCUUCACUCCUUUCACUUCCACUCUCUCUUCAAUCUUCUCCAUUAAUGGUGAUUUUGCUGUAACAAGAAAUAUGUUCAGAUUAUCUGUAGUUAUCCCUUUUCUUACUCUCCUCAUUUCUGUACUUAUUCUCUGCUUAUUAGGACCAAAAAUCCUCUUACCUCGCCAAAUCUCCAUUUCUGUACCUGAUGAACUCGACGAUCUUUCCCUUUUUCACAAAGCAAUUGCUGCUGAAACCACUUUUCCAAAACACCCAUCACACAAAAAACUCCGUCUUGGAUCCGCUACUGUUCGUCCACCCAAAAUCGCAUUUAUGUUCUUAACAAAUUCAGAUUUACAGUUUUCCCCAAUUUGGGAAAAGUUCUUCAAUGGUACUAAACCUGUAGAUCCACAUCUAUACAAUAUCUACAUACACGCUGACCCAUCUAUCAAGAUUUCACCAUUAAUGGGUGUUUUUAAAGAUCGAUUUAUUCCGGCGAAGAGAACUCAACGUUCGUCGCCGACACUCAUAUCUGCUGCCCGGAGAUUACUUGCUCAUGCUUUACUUGACGACCCAUCGAACUCGUAUUUCGCUCUUAUCUCACAACAUUGUAUACCUUUACACUCGUUUAAUUACUUUUACAAUUUUUUACUUGAUACCCAGAAAUUGUCGAGGAAAAUGGAGUUUCCUAGUUAUAUUGAGAUUCUUGAUGAAUCUGAUUCGUUAUUAGAUAGGUAUAAUGCAAGAGGGGAGAAUUUAAUGGAACCUGAGGUGAAAUUUGAGGAAUUUAAAGUUGGGUCACAGUUUUUUGUGCUAACAAGAAAGCAUUCUUUAAUGGUGAUUAAAGAUAGGAAGUUAUGGAGGAAAUUUAGGAAAACAUGUAGAAAUGUUGAGUCUUGUUAUCCAGAAGAGCAUUAUUUUCCUACUUUGUUAUCAAUGGAGGAUCCUAAUGGGUGUACUAAGUAUACAUUGACAAAUGUGAAUUGGACUGAUACAGUUGAUGGUCAUCCACAUACUUAUCAUCCUUCUGAAGUUUCUUCUCAGCUGAUUUAUGAUCUUAGAGAGUCAAAUUCUACAUAUUCAUACAUGUUUGCAAGGAAAUUCUCACCUGAUUGCUUGAACCCUUUGAUGGAAAUGGCAGAUUCAGUCAUCUUCAAGGACUAGUUCUUGCUUGAGGCAAUGCAGGUGAUGAUGAAAGAGUGAAGACAAAUCAAAGGCAAAAACUUUGAUGAUGUUGUGAGGACAAAAAAGAUUGGUUGUUGUGUAGGAGUAACACUUGUGGGAAUAAGGUUUUUUGAAGGGUUUGUUAAAAACAACAAUGCCCUCAAACCAAGUAAAUCCCAAAAGGGAAGUAUCCAAACUCAAAGCUUGGAUGAGCUUUCAAAGAAAGCAAUGGAAAAGCUAGUUUUAGUAGUAGUAGUUGAGGUGGUAAUUUGAUGAUGUAACAUGUCUUAGUGGUAGCUUCUAGUAUUCAUUUGGUGUUUUUGUGUGUUGUUCUCUAUGUUGCUCGGAUUCUUCAAAAAUAUCGUCGUCUAAUGUGUAUUUGAUCCUCUAAAAGCUAUGCUCUUUUGGAAGAUCUGAUACGAAUGCGACAACAAUUUUGGAGGAUCAGAGCAAUAUGGGUUUUUCUUGUACAUAUAUGGCAAGUAUAUAUGUGUUUUAGGUGAAUUAUUAUGAGAGAGAUUAGCCUUGAACAAAAUCAAGAAAAGUGCUAAACUCAUUGCCUUUUUUUCCACUACUUGUGGAAAUGGAUCAUUGUAUCAAAACAUUUACUAUCCAAUGUAGUAAAUGAUUUUUAGAGAAAUUUUCUUUGUGCCCUCUUGUUUGUUUACUCAAGUUCAUAAAAUUGGAACAAUACUUUUUCUAGGUUGUAUAUAUUAGAAAUUUCUUUUGUCCUGUUUUAAUUUAUGUGAUAUUAUUUGAAUCGAUAUGAUUUUUAAGAAA